AUGUCAGUGUAUAAACAUGCACUUUGGACGAUUAAGAACCCAGAAGCGAAUUCAUUAUGGAAUCUUAGAAGAAAACGUGUUGCCACUCGGGUAUCAUAUGUUCGGCCAAGUGUAUGAGUGUGUGUGUGAAUGCUUUCCAGCACAACAGCAGAGGAUAAUAAUGAAAGUAAUGUCAACACUAAAUACCAAUGACAGCAAACGAUUUCCAUGUGGCGCCUUUGUCUAUGGCCAACUUCCGGUUUAAGCCAAGUUUUGUAAAUAUGAAUUUGUGUGUGCCGACAAUGAUGAAAGCAAGCAGCAAGCAAGUGCCUUAGAAAUUUUAAUAAAGUUAAGCAAAAUAUGUUUUAAAAUCAAUUUAUGAUUAACGCAUAAUACGAAGUACACGACAAUGGGUUAUAGUUUUGAGAGCGAUCGUUUGUCUAUUUCUGAGCCGAAUUUGGCAGUUUCCAGAAAACCCAGUGAUCGUUUCACCAUUAAACACCUGCACGAAUACGUUUGUGUGGAUCAAUUAAAGUUUUACCGACGCCGAAACCCUCCCGAGUUUUUAACCAAAAGCCAACUGUGCCUUUCCCACCCUUUCGUAGUGAGUGCCGAGGACGGGCUUCCAUCCCAACGAACAUUAAAUACAGAAUAUAGAAGUCAUUUCCUUAACUUGCCACUGGCCAAAAGAGCCCAAUCCCUGAGACGAGCUACAUCAUUACGCCUAGAAGGUUUAAUGCCCUUCAAUAGAUCGGAGCAUCAGGAUCGAUAUCUUUGGUUUACGCCUGAAGACUGGAGGAGUUGCCGUUCAUUUCCCAUGCGAAAACCCGAAAGUCUUCGUCUGGUCGGAUCCGUUGAAAUGGAACCAGAAUAUCGUUCAUCCUACAUAACAUAUCCCAUGGUGGAUCGUGCCACAAAGAUUUUACCCCGAGAAAUGUUUCGCAUACACUCACCUCCGAAGCCCAAGGCGACGGAAAGCAGUAGUCCAGCUGAAAUUGAAAUAAUUCACAAGCUAAACGAGGACAAGCAACAAAGGGAGCGGGCUGCGGAACUGCAGCAGGAAUGUCAUUUACAGAGACGUGCAGUUACCGAUGAGAAGGAUCCCAAGGCUGCACCAUCGGAAUAUAAACGCCAAUUUGUCCCACCUUCAGCCAGCGAAAAGGCCCAUUCUAUACCACAAUUGAGCCACAUCCGAAUGCAAGGUAAUUUCCAUGCCAUACCCGAAUAUCAGGAUAGUUUCAAAAUGUAUGCCAACUACAGCAAACCGGAAGCCAUACGAAAGGCAGACAACUUGCGCAUAUCCGGUUCGGAAAUCCAAAUGACCAACGACAAUGAAAACGUUUUACCAGAAUAUCGAGCGAAAUUCCACCAACCGCCCAGGGAUAUUGAAAAGGAAAAGCCUCUCAAGACAGAGGAUCACCUCAGACCGAACGGACAGUUUUCCAAAGAUGUGCCAGAAUAUUACGAGAGCUUCCGUGAUCCCCAGAUCAAGCAGGUGCCCGAAAAGGGUAAAUGUCGUGAGCCCUACCUACACUUGAAGGGAAAACUGGAAUUCAAUCCGGAGUACCGAAACACCUACGUCGACUUUCCCCGUUCAAGGCCAGUUGUGACAAAACCAACUUCCAGCUUUCGUUUACCCACCUCCAAUGUCAUAACCCCAACCAAUGCCAGCAUAAAACCGAAACGUUCCACCCCAAGUCCCUCCAGAUUCGCUGAGGAAGACGAUAUCCUGAAACCCACACCAAGUAUUAUAGAACCGGAUACAGAGUUUACCCAAUCUCCGGAAUAUAGAAAAGCUGCUUACCAAUACCAAUUGAGGGAGAGAUCUCCCACCCAGAAGGCCAUACCACAAAUGCCGCAUAUUAAGGACCCGAAGAAAUUUAUACGCUACGACCGCAAGUCUCCAAUACCACAUGCAAAGGCAGCCAGCACCAGCAAUUAUCGCCAGCGUAGAACUUCCAUAUUAGAUUCCCAGUCGUCAUCGCCUGGCAUGGAGAACAUUGGUCAAAUAAGGCAUAAACCGCCAAGAUUUGGGCGACGUGCCGGCGAUUCAGCGUUAAGAAAUGCGGAAAAUUGUCGCUCCAACACCUCAAUAAUUGAGGGCAAUCCCAAAUAUGCAUUGUCCCAACGCAAAGAUGUUGCCUUCAAUUCGGAAAAUAUUCACGAUUCGUUUGUGGUAUUAGAUCAGAAACCUGGUAAACGUUCCCACUGGAUAUAAUAGUAGAGUAGUAUGUAAGGAAAAGAAACUUCAUGAGAUAUAGUAGGACAAACAAACCAAAACUGCCACCUGAUAAUGCAAUAAAAUUAUUCUCAUGUGUAAUGAGUCUCCUUUC